GGUGCCAUAUUAUAAUAGACAACUACAGAUGGCGCUCUGUGUGUAUUGCUUAUCCAAUCAAUUUACGCGAACUUUAGGGUCAAACGCAUUGGCGGUAUUUACAAGAUUUGGUGGGAAUACACAACGCGCCAGGAUUACAGCCACAAAGACGAGCAGAAAAAUUUUCUGGACGAGGUCUUUCCACGCAAGAUCAGAAGACAUGUUGGGGUCAAAUCAACUUAAGAAACUUGCAUCUAAAGUGCUCAAUGAAGAAAAUAUACAGAUUCCAUUGAAGCCUGGGAGGAAAUACACAGUAUCAAUUGAGGGCAAUAUUGGAUGCGGAAAGACAACCCUUCUAGAGUAUUUCAAGUCAUCAAAAGUUGUUGAGGCUAUCAAAGAACCGGUGAGUCAGUGGACCAAUGUUCAAGGACAUAAUGCUUUGCAACUUCUAUAUAACGAUCCUUCUAGAUGGAGUUUUUCCUUCAAUAUAUACGCACAGCUUACCAGAGUACAGAUGCAUACAAGACCACAUAAUAAACAAGUUAAAAUGUUAGAAAGAUCACUGUUCAGCACAAGACAUUGCUUUGUUGAAAACGAUUUCAGAAACGAGACAAUCAAUGGUUUGGAGUAUGCUAUAUUGAAUGAAUGGUUUGAGUAUUUGACAGAGAUGCCAGGCACUGGAGUAGAUCUCAUCGUUUAUUUGAGAGCUGACCCUAAAGUAUGUUUUGAAAGAAUAAAGAAGAGAUCUCGAAAAGAAGAAGCUGGAGUACCAUAUAAACUGAUAGAAGAUUUACACAACCUUCAUGAAGAAUGGUUAGUCAGACAAAACUGUGGUAAACUCCCUGCCCCUGUAUUGGUAUUAGAUGCAAACAACGAAUAUUCCCAAAUGACUCGCAUUUACGAGGAGAGAAGACAUGAAAUCUUGUGUGGUGUAAGAGCGUGAUAAAAACUUUGCUCUUUAAGGGUGUGAAAUAGACCUCUAAAAACUAGACUUGAAGCAUGAUGAGUAUUGCUCAUAGUAUGUUGUGUCUUAGUUUGUUCUGGGAGUGACUGAGUGAUGUUUAUCUACUAUGGUAAAGGAAUGGAACGAUGGAAAUUGUCCUUGAGCAGAGAACGAAAAGACGUUUAUCAGUGGUGGAUUUCUAAUCAGGAAACGAGGAAAAGAAAAGUGAACAGAAGGCAAGCUACAAGUCAUAGAGAGAUGAUUAAGUCACGGACAGGUGCAUGAAAGAAGGUUCAUUCUGAAUACCUCAUAUGAACUUUGGAACAAAAUUUUGAGAUUUUCUAAAAUGUUCUUUUUGUAACUGGACAUUCAAGGUUACAUUUUGAAGCGUCUGUAUUAAAAUCAAAUUGGGUACACGUGAAGGACUUGCCAAGAGAAGACUGUGUUCAGCCCAUAUUUUAUUUAUGACCAUAUUUUAUCAUCUGAUCUCUCAGGACUCUUUUGUGUUUAUUUUUAUUGCUUGCAUUUAAUUUCUUAUAGUAUACUUAGAUUUUACACACAAAUUUGAUAUUUUAUGAAUCAGUACUCUGAAUAUAAAUACAUGUACUUUGAAAUGGUUUUAAGCUUCAUAAUAUACAUGUAGGCUUGUUCUUACGCACUGCCAUUUGCAUACACUGCACUGUAGUUUAUAUACAACAUGCUACAUUCAUAAAGCUACUAAUUUAUAGCUUAGCACUAGUCCACUUGAAUUAUUGAAAGCAUUUUAAUAUCAUCGCAAUAUUAGAUUAUAACGACCUUGCUUUUCGAUACAUGCAGUUUUUGUGCCGUAUUUAAACCAAAGUUAUCUAGAUCAGAAGUGAGAGUUCCAGUUCAUUAAAUUCUAAAUUGUGAGACUUUCUCUAGUUUGUCUGAUGUGAUAUGCAUGAGAAUUCUUAAAAUAGCAUUACAUCUGAAAUUCACUUGUACUCCGGGCUCUCGUUUGGCAAAAUUUGGGGCCGAAUAUAGGCCCCAUUCCCCCCUCAAAAUAGUAUGUUUUUUUUCCCCCCUAUUUUCAAAAAAAUUCCCCCCUCGAGCCCAAUAACAUCAGUGCUAAGCGCUUUGCAGUUGACUUGUUGGCCUUAAAAUUUUACUGUUUCCGAAAAUUCAGUGGCUCAGAGAAAAAAUUACCAAGUGUGAUGACUGAAUAAUGUUGUUUAUAAUUGGCAGAAUUCAUACAGAAGAGUUUAUAAUUAACAGAAUUCAGGUUUGGGUCAGCAAAAUUGAAAAGAAUGUUUAUAUUUGUUUGCAUUUCUUUUCGCAUUUGAAAUUCCCCUGCAAAAGAUUUUUUUUGAGAAAUUCCCCCCUUGCAUGGACCCUGGCCCCAGUCCCAAAAAGCAAAAGAGAGCCCUGGUACUCUACUUCUGAUUUAUAUGCGGGAGAUGUCACUUAUCUGCAAAGAACUGGUAGAAACUUACUUAUAAUACAGGAACUGAUUUUAUCUGACUGCGAUUUCUGAAAUAAGUUACAAAUAGACUUGUGGAGUUGUCUGUGUUGUUAAAAGGUUGCAAUGAGUUUAGACGUGUGUGGGUAGAAGUAACGGGCAUUUGUAAAUUAAAUCUGUAUAUCGACGGCCUCAGUCGAAAAGGACAUAUUCUGCACUUUUGCCCCAAAAAAUUUGUCAUUUUCGAGAAGGUAAAGUGUUCCCGCAUCCUUUGGAUACAAUAGCCAAUUGCAAAGGUAAAAAAAAUGACCUGUGAGGAAAGGCGUAAAAUAAAUUUCAUUUACAGGUGAAAAAGACAUAUUUGCAAUGAAAACCCAUUUUGCACUAAAGUACAUAGUUUUGUGUGUUUGUUAAAAUAAAAUGCAGUAAAUGAAGCAAUUUGGAAUUCCUUUAAAUCCUAUUCAUGCUGCAGAAUGGUGUGGUUUUUAAGAUAAGUUUUUGCAGAUACGUCCUUUUGAGGCUGAUUUGUUUUUUCAAAUUGUAUACUUCAUUUGUAGAUACGCUGUUUUUGAAUUUUCAUUUUUUGUGUCUCGAAAAGUUGGUAUCUUGCAGGUAUGUCCUUUUCGACUGAGGUCGACGAUAUAUGAAUAGAAAAUCCUGUCUUGCAGCAUAUACUUAACAGGGUAGUCAGUCGGCUGUUCUUGGGGCCAAAUUUUGGCGCAAAUCCCCUCUGCAAAAAGUAUGUUUUUCCAACCAGCUGACAAAAAUUCAGAUAUAAAAAUGUUUUUUUCUUACUAUGUUUUUUGAUAUGUGUUCUGACUAAAAUUCUUAUUACAUAUAUAUCCAUUAACAUUUGAAAAAUCAGGUAAUGUGCUUUUUGAACUGUUUGCUUCUGAAAUGAAGCCUGAAAAUACUACAUAUUUUAGUGUGAUAAAGAUUAGUUUGUGUUUGGUACAUUGAAAAAGUCUGUGUUAAAGUAGAAAGAACAUGCAAUAAUCUAGAAUCAGAUAAAUAGCACAAGAUGACACAUUUUGCCCUUCUUUCCCCAGUCUGCUUCCCCCACUUCCUCCCCUCACCAAAAACAACAUAUACACAUGGCGAUAACAACAUUUAGGGACCUGGCCCCAUUUCCUCAAAAGGAGUCGACAGCCCUGUUUACCUGCCAUUUUACUGUGGCUAAUAUUUAGCAAGUGAAAUAACUUCUCUUUGAAUCACUGGCACUAUCCAUCCAUGUAUUUAACUCUUGUCGAUUGUUAAGUUUUUAAGUAAAUAUUUUUAACAGAGAAUAGUCGUUGAAUAAACAUAACAGUGAGUGAGUUUAUAAUUUUUAAAUUUAUCCCUGAACAAAAGAAGUAGAAUGCCCAAAUUAACUUGAAACUUGUCAAUGUCAUUUUCAGCACACAUCUUUUGACAUUUCAACUAGCAUUGCCUUGUUUUCUGAAUAUUUCAAAAUUACUUUGUGAUGAAAAUUAAAAGUAAUGUUUGAUUGAAUCUGUUUUAUGGCGCUUAGCAAGAAACAAAUUGGCUAUAAACUGUACAAUUAAUUUAUAAAUUUACAAGGGUUUUCUCAGACACAUUAUCACCAGUGUUUUGUUUUAAAGUAGCGAAUAAAACAUACUUUGAACAUUAUUAGUGCUGUAUAAAUAUGUAUUUCCUUCCAUUCACAAAACACUUUCAGCCCGCCUGCUUAGCUCAGUAGGUAGAGUGUCGGUCUACGGAUCGCGGGGUCGUGAGUUCGAUCCUCGGGCGGGGCGUAUGUUCUCCGUGACUAUUUGCUAAACGACAUUGUGUCUGAAAUCAUUAGUCCUCCACCUCUGAUUCAUGUGGGGAAGCUGGCAGUUACUUGCGGAGAACAGGUUUGUACUGGUACAGAAUCCAGGAACACAGGUUAGGUUAACUGCCCGCCGUUAAAUGACUGAAAUACUGUUGAAAAACGGCGUAAAACCCAUAACAAACAAACAAGAAAAACUUUGAUCAGUUUGUUCAGAUGAAACAGAACUAUUUAAACAAGUUUUGAAUGUUAUUGUUAAGAUUUUUUUUCUUAAAGCAUUUUAUUGAAUAGUAAUGAGCCGCACCAUGAGAAAACCAAAAUAGUGUGUUUGUGACCAGCAUGGAUCCAGACCAGUCUGCGCAUCCGCGCAGUCUGGUCAGGAUCCAUGCUGUUUGCUUUCAAAGCCUACUGCAAUUAGAGAAACUAUUAGUGAACAGCAUUGAUCCUGACCAGACUGCACAGAUGCUCAGACUGGUCGCAAAUGCACUAUGUUGGUUUUCUCAUGGCGCGGCUCAAAUCUGUUCAUUUAUCCUGUUUAAAAAGUUUUGCAAACAGCAUUUUAAAGUUGGUAUCUCAUUUUUACCACCAACUGAUAUAUUUCUGUAAUUUGAUCAUUCAACCAUAAUCUCAGGCAGCUAUCCUUUUCACAAAUCCUAUGUUACUCAUGUUUUGAUUUUCUUCAUUCUAUUAGCUUUUCAUUAAAUUUCAAACAUUAUUGCUUCAUCGUGUGUGAGUGUUGUUAAAUAGACGUGUAUAAGGUGUGAAUAUGAAAAAAUUUUGUCAGUUGAGAAGUAGUUUCUUAUUUUGAGUGAUAGAUGCAACAUAUUUUAAAACUAGUGUAUGUAUAAUUGUUAACAACUGCAUAUAUAUAAUCAGGCCACCAUCUGUGUUCAUCUCCUUCAUUUGUUUGUAAUGCCCCCCCCCCCCCCCCCCCGCCAAACUCCCUUCAAAGAAUAGGGGGUAUAUUGUUUUGCUCAUGGUCGGUUGUUUGGUAGGUAUACCAAAUAGUUUCUGAUAAAUGAGUAGAGAAUGUUUGGUCCAACAUUGGUCAAACUUCGUUUGAUGACUGCAUGUGGUCAGUAGAUGAACACUAUUGUUUUUGGGGCCAAAGGUAAAGGUCACAAUGAUAUUUAGACUGAAAAAUGUUUAUGCUCAACUAUAACUGAAGAAAGCUUUGGCCUAUAGUUACCAAAAUUUAUACAAUGAUUGCUUGUGGUCAGUAGAUGACCCCUUUCAUUUUUUGGGUCAGUAGGUUAAAGGUCAGUGUCAUAAUGACGCGAAGACUGCAAACUGUUUCUAUUCAAUAUCUAAGGAACAUUUAACCUACAGUUGUCAAACUUACCAGAAAAUUGCUGUGGUUUAAAGAUCCCCCUGAACUGAUUUGGAGGUCACUAGGCUAAGGUCUAGGUCAAAAUGAGCUUGAAAUACUCAGUAAUAAAGAACCUUUUGGCUUACUGCCUUACACUUUAUAGGAUGAUUGCCUAUGGUCAGUUGAUGACCGGGUGAGAAGGUCAAGGUCAUACUGAAAUGGGGACUGAAAAUGGGACAGGCAAUCAUUGGGGUGGGGAGGAGGUCGGCUUUGUGUUUUACAAACAGUUUUACCUUUUUAAUAAAAAAAUGAAAUACUCUGUAUUUCUUUUCUGCUGUAUCCUCAUAUUUUUACUAUUUUUUAUCCUCUCUAAAUUUUAAUGGCAAAGUUGUUAGUGUUUUCUUCAAGAUAUAACAGUUAGUUGAAAUUCGUAAUGAAAACAUCAGAAGAACUGUAACAGUUAUCACAAAAUUUAGUUAAUAGUACAGUGUGAGAAAAGACUGGAUUUUGAAAUUCCUUUGCUGCACCUGUAUAUGCAAAAAAUGUCUGCUCGUACUUUUUGGUGCUACAUUUACCUUAAACAGCUGAUAUUCAAAUAUGUAUCAUUUCGUUUAUGUAAAACAGCUUUAUAUGAAAUGUCUGUAUUUCUUCUGUAUGUGCUUCUUGCAUCUCUCUACUGUUUACAAGUAUAUUAUGUCUAUACCUGUUGUCCCUAUCUUUGUUGUAUGUUAAGAAUGAUUUCAUAUGUAGUAUUUAUAGAUAGAAACAUUUUCUACCAUGUAAAUAUUUAUAACACAUAUAAGAAACCUCUUAUGGGGUACGCUUAAUGAUAAAUUAAAAUGAUGAAAACUUUA